GCUGUGAGGAGGCAGCGGAGAGACGACUUAGUUUUUUCUUGGAAUACAUUUCCCCCUCCAUCUCUGAAGCCCACACACACACGCACACCUUCAAAAAAUAUAAACUGGCAAACUUGUGUGUGUGAGUGCUGCUGUUACCUUCCUAGAAGGAGUGGUGAAUUAUUUGAAGGAUCUGGACUUACUCAAGCCUGACACACUUGGACUGUGAGAGUGUUUGGAUCCAGCAUCUUUGUAACUUGGACUCUAGUUAGAUUCAAAUUGUGUUUUUAAGAGUGCAACUCUUUGGACUGAGUGUGCAUUUAUGUGAAUAUCUGUGUAGAUGCAACUUUUGAUUCACCACUGCCCCGGAUGCAACACUGAGAUUUUGACGGGAACUGCCUGUGCACUCGUUGGUAGCCUGAAUUUGUAGGAUUGGGCUCACACUCGGACUGUUUGUUUUUGCUUGUGAGGAGAAAGGAUGUUUUUGCCUGUAGCGGCGGUUCUGCUCGCCCACCUCGGGUCCACCUUAACGGAGGCAUGGAGAGCAUCUCAGCCAAGACUGCAGUUCACACACUCCGAGCUGAUCCAGAACGGCCGCCUGCUGAUGCUGCCCCUAGUGGCAGGAGACCUGCACUCCCUGCUGCCCGACGAAGAUGGGAGGCGUCUGUACGUGGCCAUGAAAGAUAACCUGCUGUCUACCGGUCUGGACGACAUCACACAGAACCCACGCAAGCUGUACUGGCCAGCCAGUCCGGACCGCGUCCAGGAAUGUCUCAUGGCUGGGAAGGAUCCGGAGUUGGAGUGUGCCAACUUCCUGCGAGUUCUGCAGCCUUUUAAUCAGACUCAUCUGUACGUGUGUGGCACCGGGGCCUUCAACCCUCGCUGUGCUGUCAUCGCUACCAACGUCUUCCAGCAGUCAGAGCACCCGACUCUGUCCUACAGCCAGACAGAGUGUGGGAAGGGCAAAUGCCCCUACGAUCCGUUCCAGAAAACAGCCUCUGCUGUUGUUGAUGGAGAACUGUAUGCUGGGAUCACCUCAGACUUCAUGAGCAGGGACUCUGCCUUCUUCCGUAGUCUGGGCAGCCGCCAUGUCAUCCGCACUGAGCAGUAUGACUCCACCUGGCUGCAGAAUGCCCAGUUUGUACGGGUAGCGCCACUGUCUGAAACUGAUAACCCAGAAGAUGAUAAGGUCUACGUGUUCUUCACUGAGCGCGCUCAGGAGGCAGAAGGGGCUGCUGGGAAAGUGCUCUACUCCAGGGUGGCGCGUGUGUGCAAGAAUGACAUUGGAGGCCAGAGGAGUUUAGUGAAUAAGUGGAGUACCUUCCAAAAGGCCCGUAUGGUGUGCUCGGUCCCAGGACCAGACGGCCUGCAGACGCACUUUGACCAGCUGCAGGACAUCUUUGUCCUCCAGGGGAAAGACAAGAAGAACCCUCUCAUCUACGGCCUGUUCACCACGUCGAGUGAUAUUCUGAAUGGUUCGGCUGUGUGCGUUUACCGGAUGGAGGAUGUCGUUCGGGCUUUUAAGGGAAACUUCUUACACAAGGAGGGGCCUCAGUAUAAGUGGGCAGAGUUUACAGGCAAGGUGCCCUACCCACGACCAGGAACUUGUCCAAGCAGCACAUAUGGAAGCUACAGUUCGACCAGAGAGUAUCCUGACGACGUCAUCUUCUUCAGCAGGACACACCCGCUGCUGCAGGAAAAUGUGCUACCACUGGGAGAGCGCCCACUCCUGGUCAGAGUCGGUGUCCACUACAAGUUCACCAAAUUGCUGGUGGACCGAGUGGAGGCGGUGGACGGCACCUAUGAUGUUCUGUUCAUCGGCACAGACUCCGGUCUGGUGCUGAAAGCCAUCCAUCUGCCCAGAGAACACGGUCAGAGUCAUGAGGUCACUCUGGAGCAGCUCCAGGUCUUUCAGCACAAAUCACCUGUAACAGCCAUGACACUCUCAAAGAAAAAGCAGUGGUUGUUUGUGGGCUCCAGGGAGGGUGUGUCCCAGCUCGCCCUGUACCAGUGUGAGUUGUACGGUCAGGCGUGCGCAGAGUGCUGCCUGGCCAGAGAUCCCUACUGCACCUGGGACGGACACGCCUGCAGCCCCUACAUGCCCACUGUGCGCAGGAGGAAUGCUCGUCAUUUAGGGGAGGAAGAGGAUCCGCUCACUCAGUGUGUCAGACAGGGAGCCGUGCUGCAGGUGGAGGCGGAGCAGAGGGUGAUGAUGGUUGCUGAGGGUAACAGCACCUACCUGGAGUGUCUCCCUCGAUCCAGACAUGCUGCUGUUACCUGGUACAAACAGGCUGGAGAGAACAGUCCUGAACUAAACCAGGUGGUAACAGGUGACCAGCUGGUGGUUAUCGAGCGGGGUGUUCUGAUUCGUCGAGCCGAGCUGUCUCAUGGCGGUGUCUACCACUGCCAGGUGGAGGAGCAUGGCUACCACUGGACCGCCGUCACUGUUCGUCUAGCUGUCUGGAGCUCCUCAGCCAACCACCUCUUCGCUUCCUGGUCCAGCUCAUCCUAUCAGAGCAGGGGACCCAAGCCCUGGUACGAGGACGUGAUGGCGCUGAUUCACCCGGGAAAUGUCGGCCAGCACUGCAGGGCCCUGGGAUACCGCCCCCCACGCUACCACCGUCGUCAUGGUGACAUGAUGGUGGAGCCAAACAAGGAGAAAGAGAGAGGAGAAAGGCACAAGCAUGGGGGAGGGCGUGGAGGAGGAGGAGGGGGAGGAAGAGCAGCAGGGAGGAAGAGCAGGAGCAAGCCUCAGCAGAGGGCGCCAAGAAGCGCUUGAAUGUUUCGCAGAGCAGGAGGGAGGAUUCCAGUGACGUGCACACAUUUAUGUUACAUAUACAUGAAUACACACACAUACACAUACUUGGACACAUGUACACACACACACACACACACACACUUAACUUAAUACACUUAGACACAAACAUACUGUAUGUACAGAGACUACGUCAUGAGCAUGCACUUACCUACAAAUAAAAAUGGCAUCUUUUCAUUACUUUCAUAGCUUUCAAACUAAGCUACACAAAGAACUGAAGUAUGUACAGGAGGAUGUGAACAGCAAAGACUGUUUGACCUGGACAAAAGAGAAGUAGAUUACAUGUAGAGGUUGCGAAGCAUGCUGAAUGAAGGAUGAGCAGCAUGUCCGGAUCACUCAGUUUGACUGACUCGGCCUCGUGACAAGGACGUGUAAAAGGAAUGCUUUGAAUUUACAUUCUCUACAAAAAAUACAUUAAAUAGGAGUCUUGUUCCAGAAGUUUUGCAGUUGAAAAAAAUAUAAUCCAACCCAUAUGAAAUGAUUGCUGUCUUAAAGCACCACCAGGUUUCUGAAUGUUUCUGCCCAUUAAUUACAAAUCACACAAUGUCAAUUAUGCUCCAAAACAGAACAGAUGUUUUUUGAUUGAUUUCCUACCUUCAAGGCAGACACUGGUUUCCAUUGAUUUUCAUGUGCAGAAACUUGAAAAAUGCAUCAUGUUGCCUUUUUUUGGUUAAAGGUCAUUUAAUUGCAGUUGCAAGAAGCAUUUUUCAAACUUUCUGUUGUGUUGAGCUCAAAUUUCAAGUAUACUCCGUCCGUCAAUGGAGAACUGACGCUACAUCCGUACUACUUUGUUUGAAAAUGUAUCAGCUCUGCGACGGAUACGCCUGGUGUCCACACUUCUCUAGAGUUGGAGAGUCUGGCUCUGUUAUUUUAAAAUUUUAAGCGCUACCUUGUAAUCUGAAUGGGCAGAAAGUGAGAUAUCUGAAAACUGUUUUCAGACAUCUCAGCUCAGCUUGCAACCGCUUGCAGACUGGGUCUUUUCGGUUAAACAUAUUUGCUGAUUUAUCAGGCUUCUAUCACAUGACCCCUUCUGUAAGAAAACAACUGGCAUUAGCCUUGGCUACCAGUGUAGAACAAAACCUUUGUUGUGUUUAAACAAAAAAGUAGUUGUAUGGAUGUAGCCUGAAGAUCGGCUGCUCACAAGCAGCAUUGUCGAGAUACAUGAUUGAAAAGUUAACAAUAAGAAGACAUAAAAACAAAAGGAUACAGCUGUUGUAUGGUAUUGUCUGUCAAUGUUCAUAAUGCUACAAAGCUAAAAUAGAAACGAAAGAUAUCUUGUAUCCUCUUAGUGGAAACCUCAUUGAUCUAAAAUCUCAGUAUGUUGUGGAAAACUAUCAGCAGUGAUUGAUAAUUAAAGGGUAAAAUCUUCAGACUUCAAUUAUUAGCUAUCAAUGUAAUGUAAUAUAAACAGAGCAGCAACUUUGAAAAAGUGAUGAUUUAGAUCGCAAACAGCACUGAUUUUGGAUAUGUAACAGUUUAACAUAAAGUCCCUUCAGCAAUUCAACUUAAACUAAAGCCUUUUUGGUUUGUUGAGAUAGGCGGAGUCUGACCACAAGAUUACUGACCGCGGCCCAUAAAGAUGAAAGGCAGCGACCACUUUGAUGAGGUUGCAGAUCUACUUUCCCAGGUCGUUAGUGUUGUGUGUUGCUGCCGUGCAAACGCACCACAGGAGAAGUUUCCUUUAUGUUCUCCUCUGUGUUUGGUUCAGUCCAUAGCUGCACUUAUUUUGUGCCACGCAGCAAAAAAGCUGUUCAGCACAGGUGUGGUGAGCCAAAUAAAGGUUGGAUGUGGUGUGUUUUAUAAUGUCAGAAAAAUGCUCAGUCGUAUUUUGAGUAUUGGUUUGUUUCAUCAGUGUACAGAUGUAAGAAACAUGUUAAGGUUAAUUUUCUGUGCAACAAAGUUAACGUCUGCACAUCUUGUCCAGUCUACAGAGAAAUCUACACAACUUACUUUUUGCUGCUUGAGUUUCUUAAACAAAAUUAUGUUGCUGCAAAUGUAUGAAUCACAAUCAGGCCUUUAUAGUAACUCAAUCUAAGUCAUAAUCAGACCGAUCUCUUUGAGACAUUUUUGGCAUACCACAAAGUACAGUUUUGAUUGGUAAUAUUCAAAACAGUGUUUUUCGAGAUAAGAUAAGAGACAAGACUGUAUUAAUCUGGAAGGAAAUUAUUGUGCCUGCUUGAUCCAAGAUUACAGUACAGAACAAAAUAAAGUAGAACACAGCAAAAAGAAAGAAGAAAAAAAUUCAAACAAGUAAAAAUGUGAAUAUUUUGUGGCUCUGUUUCUAUUGGACAAAAUAUUUUGAUGUUAUUGAGAUGGUGUCGGUUAACUCCACUGAAUCGUCAAAAAAGAUUUCCAUUCAUGUUGGAUACAACAUGGACAAGAGAACCCUGUUUGAAAAUGGACCUAACUUGGAACUGAACUGCGUCAAGACUUUGUACAGAUCAUGCAUGUUUCUCAACCUACGGCUCAACGUCCAAAAUGGACCGCAUGUGACUUUGAAGAAGUGGAGUGAUCCGUUGCUCCUCCUGCAGCUCCAGCUGGUAAAGACAUGUUGCUGUAAAUGAUGAAGUGGGCCACUGUGUAAUAAAGAAGCCAUCAUCAUUAUACAAAGCUGGACCAUGAGAAAGUGCUUAACAUCAAGAGGAUCUGAGCGACUUCACUGACUUUGCAAAGCAGUAAAUUGUGAUUUGUUCUUAAUGUUAAAAUGUUAAACAUCACAACUUGUUCUAAGUCUAUUUAACUUUCCGCCUAUUUAUUUGUUUAUUAAUCUGGAGUGAAAAUCCUUGUUUCGCACAUUGUGAGUCAGGUUUUUUGGGGAAACGCUUCAAGCUCUCCUUCAGGUUUCAAGACUUAUUUAACGAGUGUGCUUGUUGGUCUUUUCGUUUUUCUUUUUACUAGAUUUCCAGAGAAUCUUGGCCAUCUCACAGACCUUAAAAAGUAAAGACUAAUUUGAAUGGAGGCUGUGGAAACUAAAAGUGUAUUUACAUCUAGGAGUAUUCGAUAUAUACGAUAAGAUGAUAUGGUGAUAGUUCAGUUGUUCACAUAUCCGACUGUUUUAGACAUGAACAUAUCGAAUGCUUCUGACGUUUAUUGGUUGACAUGAGAGGAUGGAGUAGGAGUAAGAGAAAGCCAGACAGCCUGAGUGAAUUAAAGCUUAAAACUUUAUUUUGUGUGCUUUACUGGAAGAAGAUACAUUUAUAUGCUUGGCUUCGUCCAAUAAUUACAGCCUCUCGUAUUUUCGUAUAUUUAGUUUCAUCCCACAACGAUGAUGCUGAGCACGCAAUCUUGCCUAUAGUAAAUCUAUAUGACAUCAGUUCCUUUGCUCAUCUGGCUUUACACGUCUGUGUAUGUAACCGUGUUUUACUAUGUUUGAGGUUUGGAACUAAGAAACCCACUAUACUUGGGGUCCAAUAGCUUUGUGGGGACCAACUAGCUGGACGCCUCAUGCCUGUUUGAGGGUUGACGUUUUAACGCAAGGGAUAAGGACUAAAAUUAGGUUGAAAUUAGGAUUAAAGGUUCAGUUGGGAUGGUUAAGGUAAGGGUACGGAGGGGAUGUUGUUAGGGAAUGUGCAGUGUGUUUGUGUGUGCCUGUGUGUGUCUGUGCCCGCAACAUACGUCUAUAUGUCUUUGUGUAUGUCUGAAAUUUGUGGGAUCGGAGUGAGAGGGUCUGACGCCCAGCCGUUCAGAGCUCUGGAGAAAUGGAUCUGAGACACUUUUGAUGCAGAAAGCUAAAUAAACCAAAAUGACUCGAAGCAGUGAGAGUCUGCAGAGCAUUAACAUGGGCUUGGCUUCUUGGCAUCUUGGCUUUGGCCACAUGAAAGAGCUAACCAGUGCUGAGCUGGUUCUGUGUGAGAGUGUUUCAGGAAAGAGAAAGAGGGUUUAUGGGGAGGAAUGUGAGUCUGAGGUGUUGUUGGAAGUGUGAAAUAUGUCAGAUAUAGCCUCGUCUCAAAAAGGAAAGGGUGCAUGUGGGCGAACGUGAAGCGAGCAGCGUGAUCCAAAUGAAUUCAAGAUUUGGCGUGUUCCUGUGCUGCUGUCAGGUACAUAAUUUAGAGCAAAUAUGAGUAAACACAUCUCUCUUGGUGUUAACAGCAGAUACAGAGUGUUUGCACUUCAGGCAGGCGUGCUGCCUUCAGUGUCCCUGGGAGACACGAUUAAUGUUGACAGCUAAAUGAGCAUCCACUGAUGAACUGAGUUGUAUAAUGUGUCAAAUUCAUAAUUUUUUUUUUAAAUAUAUUUGUUGUUAUAUCUUGUUGAAACACACUGUCUGUCCAUAUAUACCAUACAAAUAGCUAUGGUGUAGUGGGAAAUAUAAAAAUCAUAUAGUUUACAUUUCAACAUUUAAGGAAAUACAUGUAGUCGCCCUCCUGCUGAGUUUAAGGGUGUUUUCAAACCUCAAAGUCCAGACCAAGAUCUUACAUUUGAUCCGGUUAAUUCUGGAUUCUUAUUGUAAUUAAGGGAGUGAACAUAACCUUUUUGUAAAACAAUUUUCAGACUUAUCCUGCUAAGGAUCUUCGGACUAUUCGAUCUGGACUUUUUCUGUAUUUUUUCUUAAACACAUGCACAACACAGUGGGCGAUCUCUGCAGAGACGUGUUCACAACGGCAACAAAUUCUCCACAGGAUUCACGUCUGACAUUCUGAUGCCACUGUUUUGUCAUUAUGAUAUUAUUACCAGCACCGCAAACAUCAAGUGCAUCGACGCUAGUUCAAAUGAAUGUGCCCGUCAUUCAAACAUUAUAUUAUCAGAGGUGAAGCCUAAGCAAUACAGUGAGCCUGCGUAACUGUGAUUUAACACCCUUGAUUAUUUAACUCUGUCUUAACCUCCUGCAAUUGGUUCACAACUUCGAACUGUCCAAACAGUGUUUGGUCACUACAAAAGAUUCAAACCACAGUUCAGAUUGAUGCAGAACGAGAACACUUCUCUAAGUCUGACUAGAGUUUGGUCCGUUGAUCUGGAUUUCAAGGCACCUUUCACACCUAUCAUUUUGGUAAAUUGAAAAGUCUGAGGGGCUAAACUUACAGGUAGGUGUAGGUGGAAGACGCGCUCAGCUGAGGAGCUAUAGACGCUCACACCACCAAUGAUAGGUGAUAGGUUUGAUGUUGAUUUGUCCUCAGGCAACUUAGUUGUGUAGGCUGUGCAAAGAUUUCGAUAAUCGCUGCUUACAACAACACACGCGCUCAGGCCAACAAGCCAAAUGUGAUGCAUUAGCUCUCAAACCUCCCUGUGGCCUCUGAGAAGACACCAACGUUGAUUUGAUUUGGAGCACGCUGCCUGUUCAAGAUUUUGUUUUUCUGUCGCAUAAAAAUGAACCAGAUGUAACAACAAUCUCAGAAACGAUAUAAAUAAUCAGGUUUGUUGAAAGUCCAGCUUGUGAAUAUUGUUUAUAUAGGAUUGUUCAAAGUGUGUAUAUAUAUGUGUGUGUGUGUGUCGAUUCAAACACCACAAGUACAGGAGGUUGAACUCACAACAUUUUAACGGUGGACCAUUUAAUUUGAGUGAUUCACUUAAAGACGUGGUGCAGAGCUGCUCCUCAUUCAUUACGAUGGCCUCACGUGUUUCAUUUUGUUAUGCGGUAUUAACAUCUGAGUGCCAAUAUUAGCCUGUGAUUUUUCCAUAAUGACUUCUCUGCAGACAGAAUGAAACUGUCAUCAAAUGAUUUCCUCUCUUGUGUGCAGUCUUUGUUUCUCUCAGUAAAUAUGUAUUGG